GUGUACAGACGUUCAUCUGUUUAUUUUUUCCUACAUCUCGGGUCGAGUGUGUUUGAAAACCUAUUUGCCGCAUAAUCGUACUUGUGGUUCGUUUUAGUUAGUUUCAGCGCUAUAGAGAAGAAAAUUAUAUUUUCGGCAAAGGAAAAUAUAUCGUUAUAUUUCUACGAGAAGAGCAAUAGGAAUACGCAAAACUGCAGUGGAAAAGGGUUUAAUGUGUACAUAAGAAGAAAAAAUCAAAAGAUAACUAAUGUGAUCCAACAACCCAAUACAGUGUUCUUAUGCAAAAAUCGUAACAUAAAAAAAUAGAAAAAAAAAUAUUUGAAACCAGUGACCAUCAAAUUCUAUUUCGGUUGUUUUUCUAUCCUGUAAAAUACGCAAUACAAAAAAAAUUACCACGUGGAGAGAAUUCAAAAACCAACCAUCACGAAUACCCGCAAUUUUGAGACGAAAUUAUUGGAUUGCAUUUGGAUCAUAUGCAAUAGUUGAUACUUUAAGAUUAUUCUUGUUUGGAUUCCCAAUCAAAAAUGCGCAUUUGGUGUUCCCUUUACACUCAAAUAUGUAUGCUAAUUAUUUGCCAUAUCCCACAGUAUUUAUGCCUAAAGAGAUCGGUGACACCAGCGCGCGUACUUGCGGCACGAACAGGCGCAACACAGUUUCAAGAAUACGUAGAAGUAGAUAGUGCUCUCAACCGAGAAGAGAAAAGAUUUCAAAAACGACUUAUUCUCGAUAGUACUGAUGUCGAUUUCGAAAACUACCAAGGCGUUGUGGGACGCCCUGGUACCGAUUUUCCAAUACUAACCGGUAUACCAAAUACCAAUUUCAACUGUCGACAAUACGGAAAUGGUUAUUUUGCGGAUUUGGACACGAAAUGUCAGGUCUUCCACAUAUGUGAUGAGGGCAAAAAAAUAUCAUUCCUGUGUCCCAACGGUACCAUAUUUCGACAGUUGGAUCUGAUUUGUGAUUGGUGGUUCAAAGUUGAUUGUGCAGCAGCACCCAAUCACUACGCCGAAAGUUCAGAGAUGCUUACUCAAGCUCAGCGGGCUAGGAUUCAGAGUAGACAUCCCAUCCCACAACCCAUAACAUCACCAGAGCAUCUUUCACUUAACAUACAACGCAAACACGCUUUUCUCAAUAAACAAUUGGGAACUAAUUUAAACGCACUCGAAUUCAAUCGUCGCAUGGACACCAUCGUGGAACAAUCAGAUGAAAGUAUCGACUUUGAGGACAUUUCUUUAAAACGAAAUAAUGUUAGAAAUAACGAAAGCUCUAGAAAUAUUAAAACAAACUCAGAGGAAAUCCAAGCAACAGAUGAAACGGUUGCGUUUGCACGUAGUGGUAAGAAACUAAAUGGGUACAACUAUCCAUUGCCAGAGAAAAAUUUGGAUAACUUGAACUAUAAAUCUGACGCUAAUAGUUAUGACAGACCUGCAAAAUUUAUUAAUAGAAACGAAAAGGAAUUAUAUCGAACUGCAAAAGUUCUAGAUAAUAGCGGGGGUAUUGGUUUUAAAAAUUCCUUUAAUUUUGAUGCUAAACCGUUUAUCACUAGAGCUACUGAAAUUCCGAUGACAUCUACUACAACUAGGCAGCAAACGAUAAGAGCAACAACGUCUUCCUCAGUCAACCGCGGGAGUACGACGCAUCAAACUAGUACACUAAAUCAGAAAACUGAUCGCAAACCGGCAUUCAAUAUUGAAUUGCGUAAUUCUCAGCCACAUCCCAGUUCUAAUUCAGAGAAUUCGAAUUUCCCCGCCUACACAACGGCGAGAAAGCUAAGUACAAAGGCAAAGGACAAGCCAUUCUACACCCCCACUAUUCCAGCUGUAACCAAUAAAGUAGUUACAGAAAAUACCACUCCUAGUAUACAAGCAUCGCCUACUGUUUCAGGGGCUGUGGAACAUGCUUUAAAAAUGAUGAAAACAUUACAAGAUCUCGAGAUAUCAGAAAUUGUAUUGGAAAAUCGACCUGGAGUGGACGUGCCUCCUUCAUCGGGACCCAAUGCAUUGCACUCAUUAGCCCUAUAUUUUGCAAACGAUUCAGGAAGAGAUGUAACAACAAUAACAACCACAACAACAAUUAGCCCAAUAACAACGGGUACACGAACGGAAGGCCUUGAACCAAAGGACAAUCAGCAUUCUAUAAGCCCUUCAUUACUCAGCAAAAAAACGAUCGAUAAAUACCAACAACUAUUCGAUUCAAAGGAUUCUGGUCCUACUACAGAAUCUUUGAGAUUUCAGACACGUAUUGAAGAUGAAUCAGGAAACGAUCUUGAUGGACAAUUUUCAAGACACCCUAUAUUCGGCUCUUCCGGAUCACCACAAAUUCGGGAACUGGCGCAAGUAUUUACACAUGCAUUAUCUGCUUAUCUACAAGAUCCAGAGUCAUUCCGCCGUAUUUUGACUGAAAUCAGACCAAAGGGACCUACUUAUUUCAGAUUAUCUAAUCAAAUCGAUAACAGAAUAUACAAAAAUGAAGAUAUUUCAACAGAAGAAGCGACAUACUUUUCCUCACGUCAGCAAAUAACUCCAGCUCCACGAACGGUUACAGAUGAUUUAGAAGUUCUUGACUUUUCCGAUAUAACGUUGCCAACCACUGUGAAAAGGGAAACCACAAGUGGGAAUUUAGAGGUAACAACAGAAAUUCCAUCUACAACAACGUUUGCGCAGUUCAUGGUGAAUUUGGAACCUAGCAACACCCAUAACAAAUCUCCAGCUUCCAAUUUAAUAAUUGAUAACAUAAGAAAAACUGGCGCUACUUAUAUUGAACGUCAAUCGAAAUCACUGAAAAAUAUAAACACAGAGAGCAAAAAUGAGUUGGCUGAUGAAGUAAACGAAGAAUUAGGAACUCUUAAGCCACCAGCUUUUAAAGUAGUUGAAAGUGUCGAAGACCUCGGGGAUAAACAUGAUAAUAAUAGUUACUUUCCAAUCAAUAGAGGACACCAACUAAACUCAACUCCCGUUCCUUACGGUAAGAAUAUUAAGCCAGCGAAUAGUACUGAUACAUACCCGACCGCACUUUUUGAUACCCAAGCAGUACCGCUUCGUUGGGGAGAAGAACUAACUCCAAUUACUACUUCUACGGAUUCCUCUCCAACAGUAUGCUUCGAACUUCUGCCACCUCAGAGCCAAAAGUUAGCUAACCAGCCAAGUGUCGUAUUCUUGCCACCAGAUCGGGAAGAUAUCUUAGACGAUGACGAGCAGUUACAACGAGCUCAGAGUCAGUCUAUUAUCACAAAACGAAAUCAAGUCGAAGCAGGAAAACAGGCUAAAACUAUUUACAAUUUUCUUAGUUUGGACAAUGCGUUGCACCAAAACAAACGAAUUACUUCGACAAUCCCGCAAAUUUCGAAUUCAACACCGGUUCCAAGUGUGACAAAAGGGCAUUACAUUACAAAACAGUUUUCAAAUGAGAAAAUCAACGAAACUACUACUCCAUUCCCUGACAUCAUUACUGCGUCUAUUCCAGAUACAGGGAAAAUAGCCCCCAAUUCGAAAACAACGCUAUCUUAUACAGUUUUUCUUGAUCCACUCACCAUCAAUGAUGGUCUUAUGGAUACUGAAGAAGAUGCCAAAACGACUGUUUUGAAUGCACUCACGUAUCUCCCACGAAAUCAGAAAAAAUCGACUAGUACUUUGAUUACUUCAACUACACCAACUAGUGCGGAGUUGCCUUUAAUAACCAGUUCUACGCUGUCUACCAAACGUCGUGGGAAAAGCGGCAUACAUAGUAGAUUGAGUGAAGAAGAAUCUAAUGAAAAUGAGCUUAUGGAUACGAUGCAAAGAAAGGCAAACCAAAUGUUUGGGGAUUUAAAUGACUUAGAAGCAAACCACCUAAUGAAUGUAAUGAAAACAGCAGACACAAACAAAUCGGUUAGAAGGCUCAUACUAUUACUUAUUCAAACAUGCGAUGACGAUUAUAACAAAACUGUGGAGGAUUCAAGAAAAGCUUUACUCAAUGCACUAAUAAAAAUGGAUAGCCAAGAAAAUGAUAGCAGUGAGAUUCGAAUUGUGACCACUAGAACUAACAAAAAAGAACGAAACCUAAAAAAAGUAACUUCAACUGCUUCAACGCCAAUUACAGCAAAUCACGAUGUACAGUUGGAAAAACUUACAGGACUAACUGCAACUUCGGAUUUAAAAAACAGGGAAAGUUUUGAAACAACUACUUCGGCAGCUGAAGAUGUAAAAUCAACUAUUUUGGAUCUAUCAUAUGAGGCAUCAACCAAACUAUUAGAUGUUAGAUACAACAGCGAUGAGUCUGAUAUAAGUACACCGAUAAUAAGUUUGUUUCCAGAACAAUAUACAACAACAAGCAUUCCAACCACAACAACCGAUUAUGAUACAACAACUGCAGCUUUGACUACAACCGACCUAUCAAGUACUAUGGACAUUUCAACCACCGACAAGGUAUCCAACGAGUUCACAACGGUCAUUCCUGUAAAAUCUUCACGUUUGAAUAUUAUCUCCGGUAACCGUGUUCAAAAAAGUUUAGGAACAGCAACUGAUUAUGUUGUAGAAUCGAAUAAAAAAUAUUCGAAUCAUAAUUCAGACACCAGAGCUUUGGAACUACUAAGAUCGCUGUAUUCAUUAGCAUCGCGAUGGGGAUGAAUGAGAAUUUAUUCGAGGAUGUGAGUCUCCUGACCAUCUGUUACUUAAAUUCUUUAUCGCAUUUAGAGACAAUGCGACAGCUGUUGUAAAAUAAAUUGUUCAGUUAUAAAUCAUAAACCCAUAGAAUAGAACUACUCGUUUCUAAAAAUUGUCUCAUUUCCGAAAACGUGCGCAUCUAUUUUGAUAUCUGUCAUCUAGAUGAGAAUGUAUAAAAAGUGCUUUGAAUAUUUUGAAAUUGUUAGAACACGACUCUAUUUUGUUAAU